GCUUGCCAGGAAGGCGCUGUGCCGCUGAGCUAAAUCUCCAGCCCCUAGGCCUUAGUUUAGAUAUACAGAUCUGCAGCCCAGUGGAUAUGUAGCCAUGAGUGUUGCCAAAAUGGAGACAGUAGAACUGAAAGCCAUGGGGCUGGACACCCUCAUCCAGGCUGCCAGGGGGUCUUCCUGGGGUGAAGACCUCCACUCUUUAGUCCUUCACUAUUGUGAAGGUCCCUGGGCGGGUGUCCAUCAGUUGCAAUCUCAUCCCAAGCCCCUGACAUAAAUGUCAGAGCCUAAAAGAGAGAAAGGUGGGAUCCAGGCCAUCAGGGGAGCCUGUGUCCAGUGUCAUGGACUAUCACAGAGGCCACUGUGUACUUGAUUUUCAUUUCAUUAUUACCAUUGGUUUCUUUUUAAUCUUGCAUUCUAAGCCUGACAGGCCUGAUUGGCAGAUUUGCUGUCUGAUUUUUCCAGUUUUAGAUUAUAUGCUUUUUCUUCAAGCCCUCUUCAUUUAUUAACCUACAUUCAUCUUUUUAAUUUUAAUGCACCAAUCAAUAAUUAUUUCACUUGACAGUUUUUGACAGUCUGCUGCUACAUUUAGCUGCUUAGCAUGAAUUCAAAAGGUGAUCUAUCAAUUUGUACAAAUGGAGCAAAGUUGCUCUUUCUUCCCGUGCUUUGAGGAACCGUAGAAAAAUAUGCCUGUUUACUAUGCCCUGGGGAAUUUUUGAUGUAGAAUACAUAAUAGCUUUCUUUAUAAGAAAAUAGAGGACUAUAAAGUACAGUUAUUAAGAAAAUUUCUGCCAUGUAGCAAUUUUCUUCCAAGUCCAUUGGAAAGGCCAGGUUUUUCAUGGGGAUUGGUAUUGUGGAGCUCACCUUUUGUCAUUAGACAGGUAUUCCUGAGUAUUCUUUGUGCAUACAGCAUUGUUCUAAUGUUAUGGGAAAUAAAUAUAGAGUCGCCAAGUAAUCUGGUGGUCAGAGAAACUAACCCAGUCCCCAAAUUAUAAUGCUUAGGAAAACCGAGAAAAGGACAAUUUUCUCUUCCUACAUGUCUGCACUAAACGAUAAUCUUAUGUGGAAAUUCCAAGUGAAGGGCAUGAUCAUCUUUGCCCGUGUUUGUGAACACACUGCAGUCAGUGCUGAUCCCUCGCUUCAGACUUAACAGCAGGGAGAGAUGUUCUUUCUCACUAAAAUCAGUGCUAAGAUUCUUGGCACUUCAGAUGGUCUCCUCUGUAGCUGUUGGUUUACAUUUUGAUAAUUUACCAGAGAGCAUAUAGUAUUUAGUUCCGGAUUCUGGAUUGUGCAACUGAACAUAGCCUUCCCAGCGAAAGGCGUGGCAGAUGUGAAAGCGAGCCUUCUCCUUGGGAACUAGGCGCUUGAUUACUCUACCAAGUCUUGUCUGGGUAUGAGAUGACCCAAAGGUUACAAGUUCUGGAAGAGAAGGAGAAAAACAGAUCAUGUCGCUUCUGACGGGAAAGGAGGUACUUCAUCUUCCUGCUUCUUUGUGCAACCUGGAGCCCGGGGAAGGCGUCUGUUUUGAAGCCUCCAAACUAAGGCUGCUGCAGAUCGUGAGAAGGACAGGGGACGCCGGCCUGUGAGGGUGAUCUUGAAACACGAAUGUUUUCGAUCUAGGCAUCUUACACUGAGCUUCUCUACUGCCUCCCUUUCUACUCGAGCAAAACCUGUGUGAAAAGACCUACUGCGAAGGAGCUGCCUGCUGACGGCUUUCCACUGGGAUGAAAGCACAUGGUCCAGGUAUUUCUUACCUGUCAGUGAAAAGAAGGAAGAAUACAUCUGAGCCCAGGCGUCCUACAGCUUCUGUGAAAAGUCUCCAUGGUGAACUAUAGGCCGAGGCUCCCUGGGAACGGUGUGCAGUGAAUGUUAAUCCAGAGCUGCGGUUGGCCGAGUGCACCCACAGGGAGAUGAUUCCUCAUGAAGCACCUGGAUCCCCUGCUGGAAUCAAAUGUGACUUUCCGUUUAUCAGACUAAAACCAGAGCCAGCCAGACAGUGAGACAGCCACCGUGGAGGGGGGACGGCGAAAAAUGAAAUCCAACCAAGAGCGGAGCAACGAAUGCCUGCCACCCAAGAAGCGCGAGAUCCCCGCCACCAGCCGGCCCUCCGAGGAGAAGGCCGCCGUCCUGCCCAGCGACAACCACCGGGCGGAGAGUGUGGCAUGGCUCCCCAGCAACCCGGGCGGCCGAGGCCACGGGGGCGGCCGGCACGGGCCCGCGGGGACUUCGGUGGAGCUUGGUUUACAGCAGGGAAUAGGUUUACACAAAUCACUGUCCACGGGGCUAGACUACUCGCCACCCAGUGCUCCCAGGUCGGUCCCAGCGGCCACCACACUGCCCACGGCGUACCCUCCCCCACAGUCAGGGACCCCGGUGUCCCCCGUGCAGUAUGCUCACCUGCCUCACACCUUCCAGUUCAUCGGGUCCUCCCAGUAUAGUGGACCCUAUGCCGGCUUCAUCCCCUCACAGCUGAUCUCGCCCUCGGCCAACCCAGUCACCAGUGCCGUGGCCUCCGCUGCAGGGGCUACCACUCCAUCCCAGCGCUCCCAGCUGGAGGCCUAUUCCACGCUGCUGGCCAACAUGGGCGGCCUGAGCCAGACACCAGGACACAAGGGCGAGCCGCCGCAGCCGCCACCACACCUCGGCCGGGCCCCAGGGCUCAUCACCCCAGGGUCCCCCCCACCUGCCCAGCAGAACCAGUACAUCCACAUUUCUGGCUCUCCGCAGAGCUCUGGCCGCCCGGCCUCUCCCCCGGCCAUCCCGGUGCACCUCCACCCCCAUCAGACGAUGAUCCCGCACACGCUCACCCUGGGGCCCUCGUCCCAGGUGGUUGUGCAGUACACCGACUCCGGGGGCCACUUCGUCCCUCGGGAGCCCACCAAGAAAGCCGAGAGCGGCCGGCUGCAGCAGGCCAAGGAGGUGCUGAAUGGGGAGAUGGAGAAGAGCCGGCGAUACGGGCCUCCGUCCUCGGCCGACCUGGGCCUCGGCAAGGCCGGCAGCAAGUCGGUGCCUCACCCCUACGAGCCCAGGCACGUGGUGGUCCACUCGAGCCCCGCGGACUACAGCGGCCGAGAGGCCUCCGGCGUGCGGGCCUCUGUCAUGGUCCUGCCCAACAGCACCACACCCACGGCCGACUUGGAGGUGCAGCAGGCCACGCACCGCGAGGCCUCGCCAUCUACCCUCAACGACAAGGGCGGCCUGCACUUAGGGAAGCCGAGCCACAGGUCCUACGCUCUGUCACCCCACACGGUCAUCCAGACCACACACAGUGCUUCAGAGCCUCUGCCGGUCGGACUGCCCGCCACAGCCUUCUACGCAGGCACGCAGCCUCCUGUCAUCGGCUACCUGAGCGGCCAGCAGCAAGCGAUCACCUACGCUGGCAGCCUGCCCCAGCACCUGGUCAUCCCGGGCACCCAGCCCCUGCUCAUCCCGGUGGGCGGCACCGACAUGGAGGCCUCGGGGGCAGCCUCUGCCAUCGUCACGUCGUCGCCCCACUUCGCUGCAGUGCCUCACACCUUUGUCACCACCGCCCUGCCCAAGACCGAGAACUUCAGCCCCGAGGCCCUGGUUACCCAAGCCGCGUACCCAGCCAUGGUGCAGGCCCAGAUCCAUCUGCCUGUGGUACAGUCCGUGGCCUCCCCCGCGGCGGCGCCGCCCACCCUGCCGCCCUACUUCAUGAAAGGGUCCAUCAUCCAGUUGGCCAACGGGGAGCUGAAGAAGGUAGAGGACUUGAAAACGGAAGACUUCAUCCAGAGUGCGGAGAUCAGCAAUGACCUCAAGAUUGACUCCAGCACGGUGGAGAGGAUCGAAGAUAGCCACAGCCCAGGCCUUGCGGUCAUACAGUUCGCUGUCGGGGAGCACCGAGCACAGGUCAGCGUUGAAGUUCUGGUAGAGUAUCCUUUUUUUGUGUUUGGACAGGGCUGGUCAUCCUGCUGUCCGGAGAGAACCAGCCAGCUCUUUGAUUUGCCGUGUUCCAAACUCUCGGUGGGGGACGUCUGCAUCUCGCUGACCCUCAAGAACCCGAAGAACGGCUCCGUUAAAAAGGGCCAGCCCGUGGAUCCCGCCAGCGUCCUGCUGAAGCACUCGAAGCCCGACAGCCUGGUGAGCAGCAGGCACAGGUACGCGGAGCAGGAGAACGGAAUCAGUCAGGGAAGCGCCCAGCUGCUCUCCGAGAACGGCGAACUGAAGUUUCCAGAAAAAAUAGGAUUGCCUGCAGCACCCUUCCUCACCAAAAUAGAACCCAGCAAGCCUGCGGCGACGAGGAAGAGGAGGUGGUCGGCCCCGGAGACCCGCAAACUGGAGAAGUCGGAAGACGAGCCACCUUUGACUCUUCCCAAGCCUUCUCUCAUUCCUCAGGAGGUGAAGAUCUGCAUUGAAGGCCGCUCUAACGUGGGCAAGUAGAGGCCGAGCAGGCACGGAGAUGUCCCUUACCAUUUGUAUCCAGAUUACUGUACUGUAGGCUGAAUAAUACAGUAUUUACAUGUUAUCCUCUUAUUUUAGGUUUCUGUUCUAACCUUGUCAUUAGAGUUACAGCAGGUGUGUCGCAGGAGACUGGUGCAUAUGCUUUGUCCGAGAGGUCCCUCUGGGAGCUGGCGGGUGGAGGGUGGGUCAGAGCAGCGGCGAUCCGGGCUCCGGGCAUCCUGGGUGGCAUGAAUGUGGCUUACCAGCGCCUGCCUUCUCUAGCAGCACCGAGGCAUCCGAUGGGCACCGAGUCCCUCUAGUUUCUGGGGAAAGUUCAGUGGAAAGGGACUUGCAGGGCGCAGGGUGCCGCAGUGGCCAGCCAGGGUAUCUCUUUCUCUGCCUCUCUCUGCCUCAGUCUCUUGCUUUCAGCGUGGGAUUGAGGGUACAGGCAGUGCCCUCUUGGGGUUCCCCCGUGCAAAAUCAACAUCAGGAACCCAGCUUUGGGGCACCGUAGGGAGGCGUCAGAUGGCAAAUGGAAAGCUAACUGUUUCAAAGAACAUUUUUCUCUCCAACAUAUUUUACAAUAAAAGCAACUUUUAAUCCUAUAGAUAUAUAUUUCCCCCAUGGGGCCUGACUGCACUGAUAUAUAUAUAAAUUUUUUUAAAACAAAAAACAGGAAGAGCAACUGCCACAUGUGGGAUUUCAUUUCUGCUUUACUAGUGCAGUGAUAUAUAUCGCCGGGGUGUCGCGGUGGGCAGGGAGGGAGGCCCCAGCUCCGCUCACAUCACCCACAGCGGGUGGGGAAGGAGGGGACGCCCCCGCUGUUUUCUGUGCAGUGUUAGGAAAAUCAAUCAGGUUAUUGCAUUGACUUCGCUCCCAAGAGGUAAAUGCAAACUGCCCUUCAGUGAGAGCUGCGAAGCUCUCUGAGUUGAGUUUGCAAAAUCUUUUUGUCUUUUAACUCUAGUACUGUUUAUAGUUCAUGACUAUGGACAACUCGGGUGCCACCUUUUUCAGAUUCCAGUGUGACGUGAGGAAUUAGAUUUCAAAGAUGAGCAUAUAUUACUAUCUCUAAGCACUUACAAUGCUGUUCACACUUUAUUACAAAGCAUCUGGGUCUGUCAUUCAACGAGUACUGUAUCUCACUUUAAACUCUUGGGGAAGGAAAAAUGAAAAAUAAGUUGCUUUUGUUUUUUUCAACACUGUAACUACAUUUCAGCUUUGCCGAGUUGCUCACGAGCAAGAUUUUGAAAGUUUCAAUGUGGUUUAAAGGGAUGAAUGUGAAUUAUGAAACUAGUAUGUGACAAUAAAUGACCACCAAGUACUACCUGACAGGAGGCACUUGUCACUUUGAUUUUGGAGAAAGAGUUAAAAGGCAUAUGCAGGGUUGGCUGAGAAACCGAGAGGAAAAAGAUGGAGGAAAGAAUACUCAUUUUUGUCCAGUGUUUUUAAGAUGAACUUUUAAAAGAACCUUGCGAUUUGCACAUCUUGAGUUUAUAAUUUGUGUGAUAUUCCUGCAGUUUUUUAUCCAAUAACAUUGUGGGAAAGGCUUGGGGGACUGAUCGAGCAUAAAUAAAUGUAGCAAAAUUACUUUCUAACCUGCCUAAACUCUAGGCCAUUUUAUAAGGUUAUGUUCCUUUCAAGAUUCAUUUUGGUCUUUUUACUAGAUCUGUCGUGAAAAGCCAGGUCUUAGCAGGACAACUCUGAAAAUUUUCUUCAGAUUCAUUGAGAGAGUUUUCCAUAAAGACAUUUAUAUGUAAGCAAGUUUUUUUUUUCUUUUUGAAAAAUAAAACAAUUACUUUAUUAUUGUUAUGUUACUUUCAGAAUGACUUUUUUUUUUUUUUUCCUAUUUGAAAUCAAACUCAGAUUUAAUGUUUGGUACAAACCCAGAAAGGGUAUUUCAUCAAGUUUAAACCUUUCAUUCCCAGAGAUCUUAAAUAUUAUUUGUGGGUUUUAAGUACAUCUUAAAGUGCUUUAAACAACAACAGUUUUAAAAGUAGACAGAAGUUUUUAAAUAUUCAUACUUGGGUGGCUGCAACUAACCUGAACACAUACUUACGUGAUUUUUCAUCUACCACUGAAAGUAUUGCUUCUUCCAUGUUGCAGAUUUAAAAAAAAAAAAUCCUAACAUCAACCCACAUGUUGACUUGACUAUCCUAAUAAUACUCAUUUACAUUUAGCUCUCACCAGGACUAAUGAUUUUUAUAAACCAUUUUCUGGGGUGUACCAAAAACAUUUAGGUUUAGAAUUACUAGACUCCUUCUUUGACUUUCUCUUCAAUUUCAUUACCCUCUCAGCAGGCUAGCAGAGCUGGGUGGGCCCAUUCUUGCGGUCAUACUGCUUAUUUAGUGCUGUAUUUUUAAAAUGUUUCUGUUUAGAGAACUUGCUUAAUCUUCCAUAUAUUCUGCUCAGGGCACUUGCAAUUAUUAGAUUUAUUUUUCUUUUUUGUUUUUUUAACCUUUGAUGGUAAGAGGAGUAUGGGGCUGCCACAUAGACUGUUCUCGUUCACACCACUAUUUACAACAGUUUGUGUGGGCUCAGAGAAACACACGCCACCUUCUGGCUGACUUUGAGUACUGAAUUGACUGCGUCCGCAAAGCCAACACUAAAACGGGAAAGAAAAACACAUGGUUCGGAGCAAUAGGAACAUCAUCAUUUCUGUGGUUCUAUUUCAGGUACAGGAAUUAUAAAAUCAUGGGUUCUUGCAAACAUUUCUCACAUUUCAUUCUCUUUUCUUUUUUAGCAUGUGCAAUACUUUCCGUGCCAAUAGUCUGACCAGUGUGCUAUGUAGUGAAAGCUCAUUCCCUUUUGGCUUUUGUCCUUGUUCAGUUGGUUGAUCUUCCCGGUUCUGGCCGAGGAAGGGCUGGAGGGGAGAACCCUCCUGCCUGCCUGUCUCUGCCAUGAUGCUGAGCACCUGGGCAGGGAGCCUGCAGGAGCCCCGGUAUCUGUCACCGUGUUGCAGAAGAAAGACCUAGGGGAAGAGCCAGUUCCCCAUCACCCCACGAAGUAGUGAACGUGGAGUAUGAGAGGAAGGAGGCUCAAUGUUUAAGAUGCACUCGGGAGCAAUGUGGGCUGGAACCAACUCAUUUUCCACAGUCAUUGCUGCGAGUGGGCAGCCCCUCCUUCUCGGGCAGGGUCUGUGUCCUGGAGACUUUGAGCGCGGGCAGCAAGUGUGGCCCCUUGUGCGUGUGUACGCAUUCUGAAUGUGCCAGCCAGUGGCCGUGGAGGGGGCCACCUGCCAACCACGGUCACCAUGGAACCCACAGAGGGCAGGAGCCUCCUGUUGUUGGACAUUGGCGAGCCCAAGGCUCCCGAAGCAGCUUCUGUCAUCGCAUCUGUGUAGCAAAUCUAAUGAAGACAGGGGUAGAAAUUCUUCAGUGCCGUUCAGGAUACGAGGAUCAGCCAUGUGCCUCUGUACCGUGUCCUCUUUGCAAUAUUAACCAACUGCCGUCUUUUCGUUCUUCCUUCUUUCCUGUUUUUCAUUUUUUUAACUAAUAACAGCAGGUCUUUUGCGUUUACAACGAAACACAAUCACCAUGAAAUUAGUCAGGGCGAAAAGAAAAAAAAAAUAAGAAACCAACAAACAAGAACCUCUCUUUAUAGGGAUUUCUAAAUAUAUAAAAUGACUGUUCCUUAGAAUGUUUAACUUGAGAAUUAUUUCAGUUUGUUUGGGCCACAUUAGGGGCUGAGGUGGGGAGGGAGGGACACAGACAGAUGCCACUUACCUCAAAUUUUUUCAGAGUGGAAAUCCAAAUUGCAUACUCAUUUGGACUUUCAGGAUAAUUUUCUAUGUCGGUGGAACUUUGGUUUGCCCCAACUCACCCAGUCUGGUUCGGGAUGAUUUGAUGUUUGUGGUGGUAGCGAUCCCAUUUCUAGCUCUGAAUGGUGACCCUGUGUGUUUUCUGUUAGGUGAGUGUGUUGGGUUCCCCCCCACCGGGAAGUGGCAGCAUCCCUCCUCCCCUACAAGGAACUCUGCGGAAACUUUCACACCUCUUACUCAGGGACGGGGCUGGUGUGUGUGUGUAACACUGAGGUGUCCAGCAGCAGCACUUUGACUGCUCUGGGGUAGGGUUGUACAAUUUCAAAGAAUGUUUGGAUUUCCUGCAUCUUGUGGAUUACUCUUUAGAUACUGCAUAGAUUGCAAUAUAAUGCUGCAUGUUCAAAUGAACAGUAGCUCCUAGUAAUCAUAAAAAUCCACUCUUUGCACAUAGUUUUGAUCUUUACUGAAAUCUGUUGCCAAAAUUUAUUUUUGUUGUUGUAGCUUUGGAUUUUGUUCUUUUUUUUUUUUUUUUUUUUUUUUAAGGAAACAAUUGACAAUACUUUUUAACAUCUGUGACUACUAAGGAAACCUAUUUCUUUCAUAGAGUGAAAAAAUCUGAGAUGCUUUUGAAGACACUAAUGCCAUGCUAUUUCAGACAUGGGUGAGGAAGCAGCGCUCUUGGGACAGAAAGCCAGGCUCCCCGAGCUGUGUUGGUUGUCAUGGCUACUGUUUCCUGAACCACAAACAGCUCAACAGACUGGUCUGUUCUCUCCUGAAACCCUUCGUGCUUCCAAUGUCGUAGUCACCCUCGAAAUUCCAGGUGAAGACAGGGCCAGCUGUCUCAGUGGCCCAGAUCCAGUUUCUUCAGUGGUGAAAUGAAUGACAAGAGAAUUACACUUUUUUUUGUGCUUGUUGCUUUUAAAGUGGAGUGGAGGCCUUUGCUUCCACAUUUGUGUUUUUAACCCAGAAUUUCUGAAAUAGAGAAUUUAAGAACACAUCAAGUAAUAAAUAUACAGAGAAUAUACUUUUUUAUAAAGCACAUGCAUAUGCUAUAUUGUGUUGGGUUGGUUUCCACUCUUUUCCACAGACAGCGUUGUGUUUGUUGAUAGGGAAACUCCAAAUGACUUGUACACCUCUACUCUGGAGCUAAGAUUCCUUUGACAUAGAUGACCUCGCUUCAAAUAUGUUACCUUACUGAUAGGACCUUUUCUUGUAGCACUAUAACCUUGUGGGAAUUUUUUUUUCUUUAAUGUUCACCUAAUUCAAGAAGCUGAAGAGAAAAAUUUGAAGCGCUCACUUAAAGGAGUACAGGUAAUGUUUUUUUUAAAAAAAAAUUGCACAAAAGAAAAAUGAAUGUUGAGAUGAUUCUGUGUUUGAAAGAUACGGAUUUGUGGAAACAAGUUUCAUACUUUGUAAAAUCAGAAAAUAAGCAGAGAAGGUUGAAAGUUACAUGGUUUUUUUUUUGUAUAUAGAGAUUUGUCACGUCUAAAUGAUCAGAUCUUUAUGGUUAUGGUUAUGGCCUGGAAGAAUUGCUACAUAAAAGGCUCUUAAACUAUACCUAUCUUGUUAAGUUUUUGUUACACAUUACCCUCGUUGGAGGGCGGGGAACUCUGUAUUCUAUUUGAGAGUACUGUUCCUUCCUAGGCUAAAAAUACUUCUUUGAGCUCCCUUUUUAGUCUAAACUCCUAAGCCAUUGCAACUUCUUUUUCUUCAGAGAUGAUGUCUGAUAUGUUUACCACUUCCUGUUCUCUAAAUCCAAAGAAUAUAAUCCUGAACAUGAAGUGUUUUUAAAAGGGAUCCUAUCUACCAAUCAAACAGGACUUGUGGGGACAAAAACCAAUUUACCUUUCCUCCUUCCACACACACCUCCGUUAAAUGGGGGGCAUGAUUUUCAGUUAAAUGCCUCAUUUUACUUUUUCAUUUUCUUUUACUAGAGAUCAAAAUAAAUGUGGAGCAAUCUCUCUGAAGCAUCAUAUUCCUGUCCAAACUUCCAAGUUGGGCAGUGGAAUCUGGACAGCUGUGGGGAUGUUGAAACAUUCCCACCUGCAAUUCUUAAACUCAGAAUCUCCUCCCCGUCCCUUGUCACCAGUGCAAUUGUUCCAGUAGCUAGCAUUCACCUGUACAAGGGUGGUUGGAAACGAUGGCUUCAGUUCUUCAGGUCCCCAGUGACUUACUUGCAUACAAAUGGUUUGACUGUAUUAAAAUUAAGUGCAUUUGGCCAACAGAUAGUAUCUAUACAAUAACGGUCUGAGAAUUCCCAUGACUUUUCUUAUCUGAAAGGAAUCAAGUCUUCCAUUGCAGAUAAAUUGGAGGCUUCACCCCUGCCCCAUGUUUUUCUUUGCCUUUAGUUUGUCUGUUCGUUCGCUGUCUGGAUGGCCAAUGAGCCUGUCUUUUCUGUGGCCAAUCUGAAGGCCUUCGUGGGAAGCGUUGUUUACAGUAAUCCUUACCAAGAUAACAUACUGUCCUCCGGAAUACCAAGUUGUGGUGACCCUGGCUUAGAGCUGUUUCCAAGAAGGUCAGUGCAUAGGUUUCCUAUACCACCUCGUCUUCAAGUCAUUCUCUGGCCCAGGAGUGGGGUGAAGUCUUUAGUUAGUAAAUGCUGAACUUGGUACCUGUGCAUCUGGGUCUGUGAAUACUGUCCCACUAGGCCAGGUUUCUUCCUCUACAGCCUGCACUGCUCAACAGCAAACCCAGUUAGUGUCAACUGAAAGGAGGUUCCAAUAGAGUCCUGUCAGUAUUUGGGAUCGCUUUCAGAUAAGACAGAGUCCUCAUUUCUAGCCAGUGGGGUCCAGGCUCCACAGCCAUCUCAAGAUUUGUCCCAAUAGAUAUUUUAACAUCAGAAUAUUCCCAUCAGGCUUCCAAUCAUAUGCCUCCCACAGGCCAAGGGAAAAUAAACACCAAAACUUGGGUUGAGGGCACUACCAGACUGGCAUAGCCAGUAUGGAGAACUAGGGAAGGAAUGAUGUUUUGCACCUUAUUGAAAAGAAAAAAUUAAGUGCAUACAUAGUUAAGAGCUUUUAUUGUGACAGAACUUUUUUCCAUAUGCGUGCAUACUCUGUAAUUCCAGUGUAAAAUAUUGUACUUGCACUAGCUUUUUUAAAACAAAUAUUAAAAAAAUGGAAGAAUUCAUAUUCUAUUUUCUAAUCGUGGUGUGUCUAUUUGUAGGAUACACUCGAGUCUGUUUAUUGAAUUUUAUGGUCCCUUUCUUUGAUGGUGCUUGCAGGUUUUCUAGGUAGAAAUUAUUUCAUUAUUAUAAUAAAACAAUGUUUGAUUCAAAAUUUGAACAAAAUUGUUUUAAAUAAAUUGUCUGUAUACCAGUACAAGUUUAUUGUUUCAGUAUACUCGUACUAAUAAAAUAACAGUGCCAAUUGCAAA